AAAUAACUGAACGGGAAAUCCCGGUAUUAUCUAAAGAGUUGACGUCACGUUCCAAGGGACAGAACUGUCGCUGUUCACAUUUAUCUCGCUAGAACUCUUUAAGAUGGCCGUAUCGAUUCCUAUAAAGGAGCAAUUAGCUCAACUGUUGAAUAAUCUGGAGGAGAUGAAUAGUUUGUUGAAAAAUAAUUUAAGUGACUUUGAUCAGCAGGUAAAACAAGCAACACUUGAAUGGUUGGACAAUCCCCCAGAUGCGAAAAUAGAUUUUAAAGAAGUGGUUGCUAUGGUAACAACAGUAAAUACUGCCCUACUUGAACUUAAACAAACGAUUUCUGUUUCCUGCACCAAGUAUCAAACAAUGGCUGCUGCAGAUAAGACAACACAAGAGAAUAAAAGUGUUGACUCUGUACACGAUGUAAAUUAUUCUGAUCUUUCUAUGUCAGUUGCAGCUGAUUUAAGUAACAAACUAGAACAGAGAGUAGAACGUCUUGAAACAGCGCUAACUUCUAUGCAAAGUAGGAAUAAAAAAACUGAAGCUGACGUGACCGAAAUUAAGCAAUGGUGGGACACUUAUAAAACAGAAGAAAGUAAUGUGAAGGAACACAUAGAACAAUUGGCUAUAAAACAAAAACAUAAUGCUAAGCAAUUCCGAAAGCAAAUUAACGAACAGAAACAUAUAACGGAUAAGAUGAAUGAAGAAAUGAAACAAUUGAAUGAAAUAAAACAAUGGAGGAAAACACUUAUAUCAGAACAUAACACUAUGGCGAAAAAACUGGAAGAAUUAUCUAAGACACUAACAGAUAAUAAAGAAAAGACUAAAGAGCAAAUACAAGAUUCCCAAACCAGAAUAAAUGAGUUGAAUACAGAAAUUACGACCCUCAAAGAAAAAGAAUCAAAUACAAGCCAAGCUCUAGAAAGAACGAAUACAGAGAUGAACAAGUUUGACAUGAUAUUGAACAAAAUAAAUGAAGAAUUAGAAAACCAAACUACUAAGACAGAGAAAUUUCAAAAAGAAAUUAAAAGUCAUUCCGAUGUUAUUUCUCACUUAAGGGAAGACGGAAAUAAAAACAAAAAUACGGAAAUCAAAGUAGAAAAGUUAAUGUCAAUGCUUAGCGUCCCAUCCAAGAUCUUACAACAAAGAUUGAUGCCUGUUGAAAAUUUAAUUCAAUCUUUUAAUCAAAACUUGGCAAAUAGGGAGAAGUGCAAACAAAAGUUUGCAGCCUUAGAAAAUGAUGUUUCAAAAUUGUCAAAUGAUGUAGAUUCCAUUAGACAAGAAAUGAAAACCCACUCAACUCUACAAGAUGAAGGGACGAAAAAGCUGGCCAAAACUACAGAUAUGUUAGUAGCUUUAACUACAAAGGUUGAAACUCGCGAAAGUGAUGUUUUAACUCUGUUGAAAGAUUUCAAGACAAUUGAGACCCGGGUAUGUCAGCCUUACAUCUGUCAAAUUAACCUGGAAAACGACACAGCAGUAACUACUGGAUCAACUCUGUCUACAUUCUAUUACGUGGGCGAAUCUAACGGCAACCAUUUUAAUAGAACCACAGGGAAACUUGUGGUACCAGAUGAUGGUACAUAUCUUGUGAUUGUAACGCUGCAGGAAUGUGAGGAUAAACUGAUUAGAAUUGAUUUGUACAGGGAUGACGCAUUGUGUAAGGAAAUUCUUGUCAAAUCAGCCAACACAUCUGCCGCUGGAUCAACUGUUGUAGACGUGAAGAAAGGCCAAGAACUUUACUUUAAAGUGGUCCAAGUUGAUGAUGGAGCCAAGCUACAAGGAGGAAGUGGAUUUACUAUAAUUAGAUUGUAAAUUUAAUCACGCUUAUGAAAUAAGUAGUUUAUCAUUUAUUUCACACCACAUCAUUUUCGAUUGUUUUUAAUUAUCCAAUGUUCUUAUAUUAUAUGCAUGUGCAUAUCGUUUCAAUAGGUAAGUUUCGCUGUUUCUGGCAGUCAUAUAAUAGAGAAAUGUGUGAACAUAGUGAAUUAUAGUCUACACUUCAUUUUUGGAAAACAAAUGGUUUGGUUUUUUUCGGUUGCAUUUUAAAAUACAUACAAUUAACCAUACAAAGAGUUUUUUAUGAGUGUUCUAACAUAAAUUAAUGUUAAGGCAAUAUAACGUAGCUAUGCUUCGCAGGCUAUUUUGAAAUGAACAUAUAUGCUACAUCGUAAAAUAUUAUGUCUUGUCAAUUCAGUACGUUGAUGUAACAUAUGUUUGUCGCAUAUAGCUUGCAGCAUCACUUUCUGUCAUGGUUUAGUCAUGUCAAGAUUUAAAGAUGUACAUGAAUUUACGGUCAAAACUGUAAUCGAACAACAAGAUAGUUUAUUUAAGUAUACGAGAAAGUAAAAAUUGUCCAAUUAAUGCAAUUGGAAAAUAUUGUUUUUUUUUAAUAGACUAGUUUUUAAUAAGUUUCAGUAGUUUUUUUACAAGCUAUAGAACGUUUAGGAUUUGGGUUAGUACAAAAGUAAUACAUUAAUAUGUGUAGUGAUAAACGCAUACAUAAGUUGCAGAAAGGUUAUUUUAAUACGUACUAAUACUAAGAAAAAAUAAAUAAAACAGGAGUGACCUCCCCUAAAAAUUAACGGUAUAUUCGUAUAUUACCUUAUGUCGGAAGGCACUCUGAGUGCAAUCGGGCGUUAGAAAUGUUUUUUAAAAGAAAUUUAAAUAAUUACAGUGUGAUUGUACCAUUAAGGUGCAUUAGCUCAACUAUCUAGUCUGUGAUAAGUUAGAUGUCUAAAGUUUAUCUAUCACUAACUUUAGGUUUGUUAAUGUAAACUUACAUUUGACUGAAUAAAUAAUCCUAAGUUCUGUGCUGUUUUGCACUUGAUUUAUUCACUCUAUUUCCAAUA